CUUGUAGUGAAAGUCAGACAGAGUGAGGCUAAGUCUUUAUGAGGAACAGACUCAUUCUAUCCAAGGAACAAGCAUGCCUUCCCAGUUUAGAAAUCAUCACUUGACAAAAGUGGAAAAGCGCUCUGCUGCACAUGAAUGAAGUUCCAACAGGAAAGCUUUGACUGUUGCUGCUGCUUAUCGGACACUGCACAGACAUCAUCUCAGAUACAACAUUUUCCGGAUGGUCUUUACAGAAGACUGAGUUCACUGAUAAAAUAAUAAACAAAAAGAGGAAAUGUGGAGUGACUGACUGGUGAGGAUUCUUGUCAAACCAGCAACAAAGCAAAGGGAUCUAAGCAAACAGACAAGCAAAGAAAUUGUGUUGGUUUGGACGCACGAAGACUGUACUAUGAUUCUCACUGUGGCGGUUUUGCGUGGUCUCCUGUUGCUCUGUGGACCAGAGUCAACUCUCCAGGGAGACACUCAGGAAUUUGGGAACAGUGAUGACAUACUUGAGACAGAGUUUGUCUACGCACCAAAACAGCAAAAACGUGCCGUUGUUGACUACAGCGCCUCUCAAACAGGCAAAUGUUCUUACACCUUUAUUGUCCCUCAGCAGAAAAACAAGGGAGCCAUCUGUGUGAACUCCAAGGAACCUGAGGCCCUGCUGGAAAACCGGGUCAACAUUCAGGAGCUGGAGCUCCUUAACAAUGAACUGCAGAGACAGCAACUGCAGAUUAAGGCGCUUCAGCAGCUGGUAGAAGUCGAUGGAGGCGUGAUAAACGAAGUUAAACUACUGCGCAAAGAGAGUCAUAACAUGAAUUCCCGAGUUACACAGCUCUACAUGCAGCUGCUGCAUGAGAUUAUCCGUAAACGAGACAAUGCUCUGGAGGUGUCACGGCUGGAGACCCACGUACUCAACCACACAAACGAGAUGGGGAGGCUGGCUUCACGAUAUCGUGACCUAGAACAUAAGUAUCAGCAUCUGUCAGCCCUUGCAAGCAACCAGACUGCUCUCCUGGUGCAGCUAGAGGAGCACUGUAAGCAGGGGGGAUAUUUGUAUCGUGUGACGCAGAAGCACAGGCGUCCUAUCCAGCCACACUCUCCUGCAAUCCCCCCACCUCCUAUACCUGCAUUGUCUCCUGGAGGCUACAGACCCUACCAUCCACCCAGCUUCACCCGUCACACCAACAAUCCCAUGACUAAUGACAUACAGAGUGACCAGAAUGCCAAAGCAUUACCACCUCCACUGUCCACAGUGCCAUCUGCAACAUACAGUUUGACAAAUGAGCCUUCUGGGCCUUUCAAAGACUGUCUAGAGGCUCUGGACAGUGGAUACACCACCAGCGGCAUGUAUCUCCUAAAACCAGACAGUGGCAACCGACUCAUGCAGGUCUGGUGUGACCAGACACAGGACUUUGGUGGCUGGACUGUCAUUCAGAGACGCCAGGAUGGCUCUGUCAACUUUUUUAGGAACUGGGAGACAUACAAGCAAGGGUUUGGAAACAUUGAUGGUGAAUACUGGCUUGGCCUGGAGAACAUCUAUUGGCUGACCAACCAGGGUACCUACAAACUGGUAGUGACCCUUGAAGACUGGACCGGACGCAAGACCUUUGCAGAGUACACAAGCUUCCGUUUAGAGUCUGAGGCUGAUUCCUACAGGCUACGGAUAGGCCGAUACCAUGGCAAUGCUGGAGACUCUCUGACCUGGCACAAUGGCAAGCAGUUUACAACACUGGAUAGAGACCAUGAUGUCUAUACAGGAAACUGUGCCCAUUACCAGAAGGGAGGAUGGUGGUAUAACGCUUGUGCUCAUUCCAAUUUGAAUGGCGUGUGGUACCGUGGUGGACAUUACCGCAGCCGCUAUCAGGACGGGGUCUACUGGGCUGAGUUCAGAGGAGGAGCUUAUUCCCUAAAGAAAGUGAGCAUGAUGAUACGACCCAGUGCUAACACGUUCCAUUAACAGCUCAGUCUGUUAAAAGUGAAGAGUUUACAGGACGUUUCCUGUCAGUGGGAUCCAUUUCUGUACCACAAAAACAGGCAUCCUUGAUUUGAACUUUCAUUUUUUGCUGGUUGCUUUGCACUCAUAAUGUAGACUCAAGCUGUAAAUGCUAUGUAGUGACACAGUUGAAGCCAUGCACAAGAUUUUAAUUUUUCUACAGGUACAGGUUUUACUUUUCUUGUUGAGCUCACAAAAUCACAUUGUAUACAUAACAACAAAAGCACACACACAGAAUUAAAUUAAUGGAAUUUCUUGUCUGUAUAACCUGCCUUUUGGCAGGUUUUUAUUUUGGUUUUGUUGCUUUUAUUGAUGUGCUCAUCAACAAAAUCAGUAUAUUCUGUAUAACAUGAAACUUACGACUUCCUUGUCUGUUAUGAACUGACUGUAUCUGUAACUGUGUCUGAAUCUACGUAUGAGUGUGUUCACUUGAAAUGAUCAGUGUUGGCACGAGAUGACCACUUACAAACAUGGAUGGGCCUCAAGCUGCAUAUUUCCCACAUAACGACAAAAAAUAGAAAUAAACCUGAACCAAUACAGGCAAACCAAUACCUCUUUACAUUACCACAGCACUUAACUAUUCUUUCAGGAUAACAGCUCCAAGGUACUGAGACUCACUGUCACAUCGGUUUAUUAUGGACAUUGUGAGUUCGAUUAAAUCCUUCUAAUGUAGGCAGAAUUUACAAAACACAAAAAGCACAGAUAGAUAGCUGUUUUUUGUUUUGGUUUUUUUAAGGUAAAAAGAGCUACAGUAUAUUUGAACAAAAACUAUACUGAGUACGACCUAUUAUUCCCUCUGCCUACCAAAUGUUUGCUGGUCUGAAAAAUCCAACACUGUAUGAGUGUGCAGAUACAGCAUGUAACAGGGGCACUCUGUGUAUGUACAUAUUCUGCUUCAUUAUGAACAUUUUUAUAGUCUGGAUGUUAUUGAUUUUACAAUAAACUAUGUACAGCUUC